AUAACGAAUAUCGAUUUAUCAACUACGGAAACGGAAGUGAUGUGUGAGAGGUUAUAAAACUGAAAUUAUAAAAAUCUAGGAAACUUCAAAUGAAAUGAAGUAGAAAGAUAUUUAUUCAAAAUAAAUAGUAAAUAGCUUAUGAGAAAAUUCCGGAAAAAGUUUCGCUGAUAAAGGCUGUUGGCAUUAGUGUUUCUAAAACAGGACAUGUUCACCGCAAAUUUUAAAAGGAUUCAAAUCAUAGGGUAUGCAAAAAAAGCAAAAAAUAAUUUCUAAUCUCAUAUCUAGUAUGAGAACCAAAAUAUGUAAUAGAGGAUAUUUAGGUUAUGAGAAACUAAAUAUAAAAUUGCUAUAAAACUAUUAAUAGAUGGAAUAUAGGUAAAAAUAUUUUUUCAAUCAAAUGCAAGAGGAUAAUAUGUUUCCUUGGCAACACUUGACAACAAAAAUAUAUUAUAGACAAAACUUCUCAACAAAAAUCUACUGAAAGUUGUUGACAAUCAUUAUCAUGUGGAUAUAAAUUGUAUCUAAAAAAAAUUCUACGACAGUAUAUUUUGCCUACUCAGUUUUACAGCCUAUUAUUGCUUAUAUAGUCGUUUACUGUUUUGUAGAUUUUUAUAAAAUACGGUAUUGUUUUUGUAUAUUUUGAGUCUCACUUUGGUAUAAAAAAUCAAGUUAUAUUUUUUAGAUAAUGUAAAUUAUAAUUAUUCCCUCAAAAAAAACCAAGACACCUAUAAUAGCUUGUUUUUAUGAAAAAAAAACAUUUAGGCAUAUAGGCUACGGUACCGGUAUAGCGCAGAUUAUUGAAACUUAUGUUGAAAGAUAUAAUGGAGGAUAGAGCAUAUCACUCAGUCUAUAAGGGAGGUGGAUUGUAUCACAAUCAUAAGGUCGAAUAUAGUUCAAAAACACAUUCUUUGAUCAAAAGGCUCCUCGACGAGAGUAAACUUUCAAUACUGCAGAGGAAAACGUUGCAAAAUUCACUAAGCAAAGGAGAACCACUGCCAGGACCUUGCUUGAGUAGUAGGGAAAAUUGUAAGAAAAUAUGCCAGAAACAAAUUUUUAUCCGACCUUUGACUUCCAAGAAAAGAACACAGGAGACUAUACUUGAAUCUGGAGCUUAUGAACCGGACAAAUAUUAUUCAACAAAACAACCAAAAGAUAAUGAGAAAGAAAAAUUGAGAUUACAGAAUUUGAUGGCUUAUGGCAGGGAAGAGUCAACUGAAUCUAAAGAUGUGAAGACAAGACUCAGAAUGACUUCCAGUGCACCUUCCAAGCGAGGAGCAACUGAGAAAGACGAAUUAUUUGAUCAUUUGCUUCAGGAAGUUGAAGAAAGGGAAGAAUUCUUGGAAGACAUGGAAAAGCUGGGAGAAGCAAAGAAGUACAAGGAAAUGAUAGAGAAUGAGAUUGCAUCGAAAAUGAGGAACAUGGAGCUGAUCGAUAAGAAAAGAUUUGAAAAGCAGACAGGAGCAGUGGCUAAAUAUCGAAAUCAAUUCAAUUGUAGAGGUCCUCCGAAAUCUCUGCCUCUGACAUCUCUAGAUCUACCCAAUAUUAAAUAGAUGCAACAGCAUCUAUAUUGAAUUGAUAUCUAUUUUAAAUAGUAUUUAUAUUGAAUAGAUAAAGCUAAAUUAGGUACCGUAGUGGUUUUCUUACAUACAUUUUGAUAACAAAGAAAUCAACUCUAAUACAGUGCUUUAUUUUGAAAAGUGAGAAUCAUCAAAUUCAAGCAAUUAGAUUGAUCAACACUAAAUUAAUAGUUAGGAUUAAAGCUCAAAUUACUAGUAAAAAUAAGAUACAUAACUUUUUAUCACGGAAAUAUAUAAUUUUAUUUUUUUAUGGAACAAUAGGGAACCAAAUUAUUGAAUCCAUUAUUAUAAUAUUGUCAUAAAAAUGGCGAUCAAAUUUAUUGCCGUUGUGCAUUAUCUUAUAGUGAUGACCAAAAUUUUAAAUGGCUGAUUUUUAUAAUACACUGAUUUUAUAUUACACUGAAAAGCAUCAGAAAUUGCAACAUUUUUGGAAGGAAAUGAAAUAUUUAUUGAACCUUGGAGAAAUACAUUUCCAUAACUUUGAACAUUGUGUUUUUAUCAUUUGAAUAAACUUGAAAACCUUGCUAUAAUUCUGUAAUCAAUAUUUAUUCAUCGUGAUUGAUGUAUGACUAUUCUAAGUGAACGGGAGACGAGAUACCAUAUCAUUCUGAUUAGAUAUGUGCUCAUCAGUACUUCCACUUGACGGGUGACCGUAUUUUGGUCAGAUUCACUAUGGUACCAUUCAGUCGAUUGCUUUCAAAAUUACUUUCGAACUCGGCGGUUCGGGAAAAACUCAAGUUUCUUUCAUCAUAUUCUAGUCCAGUCAAAUAGUCUUUUUUCAGUAAACACCCCUGAAAGAAUUUUUCUCGACGGUUCUAUAUGUAUUUUGG